AACGCUGGCUCUGGGAUUUGGGAGUAAGGCGUCGGGGCGGGAGGACGCCCUCCUUUGCUCGCGCGCUCCCACGCACGUACACACGCGGGUCACGUUCUCUCCACUCUUCCCCUCCCGGAAUUGGGCUAGCUCCUGCACGCGCCGGCCCCCUUGAGGCGGAAGUUAAUGAACGCUUAACACAACUUCCUGUUGGGGCGGGGAAAAUUGAUUUAUCAUGGUCUCUCUGGCAACCAGGAGGAUUGUACUGAAGGGGAAGCUGAUGGAUUGUAUCACCUCCAUGGCCAUCAUCCCCCUGCUGGUUGGCUGUAUGGGAAUCUUCGGUCUCUUCAAGUUGCUACAGUGGAUACGAAUGAAGGCCUACAUCCAGAAUUCUGUAGUCGUGAUUACAGGGGCAACAUCUGGACUGGGGAAAGAAUGUGCUAAAGUUUUUUAUGCGGCUGGUGCUAAGUUAAUUCUUUGUGGAAGAAACCAAGAGAAGCUAGAAGAGCUCGUUAGAGAGCUGUCUGCUACUCAGUACAGAAAGACACACAAGCCUCAUAUUGUAGUCUUUGACCUUGCUGAUUCUGACACUAUAGUCCCUGCAGCGAAUGAAAUCCUAAAAUACACUGGUCAUGUGGACAUAUUAAUCAAUAAUGCAGGGAUCAGCUAUCGAGGCACAAUAAUGGAUACUACCCUGGAGGUGGACAAAAAAGUGAUGGAGACAAACUACUUUGGUCCAGUUGCCUUAACAAAAGCAAUUCUGCCCUCCAUGAUAGAGAAGAAACAAGGUCACAUUGUUGUGAUUAGCAGCAUUCAGGGCAAAAUCAGUAUUCCUUUCAGAUCAGCAUAUGCCGCCUCUAAGCAUGCAACCCAAGCAUUCUUUGACUGCCUGCGGGCGGAGAUGGAACAGCAUGAAAUUGAUGUGACUGUAAUCUGCCCUGGCUAUAUCCAGACCAACCUUUCUCUCAAUGCCCUAACUGCAGACGGAUCCAAAUAUGGAGUUAUGGACAAGACCACGGCCAGUGGCAGAAGUCCUGCAGAGGUGGCUCAAGCAGUUCUCACAGCUGUGGGGAAGAAGAAGAAGGAAGUGAUGGUGGCAGACCUGCUGCCUUGUUUGGCCAUCUCCCUGAGAACUCUUUCUCCUCGGCUCUUCUUCUAUAUCAUGGCAAUGAGAGCCAAAAAGGAAAGGAAAGCAAAGGACUGUUAGUCUUCCUUCAGAGAGGGUUCAUUCAAGACUGAGCAUAUGCUGCCUGAUCUUGGUUUGGUAGUGGUAUGUGCAACAGCUGAACUAAUGGAAACAUUAAUUAAAAGGUCUAACCAGGGGGAAGGUGGUGGAGCUGUUUGCUGCAGGUCACCGGGUAGCCUCUUGUAGCAGGGAAAAGGAACUGAGGAAAUUAUGCUGAACUCACCAGGGAAAAGGACGAAAUUUCUGUAUCCCAGAAACAUGCAUGUCUUUAAUUAUGAAAGAAAUGAAUGCUACCAGCCAGAGUCUGAUAGGCACGACAUGUAGGUGAUGGAGAAACCACAUCUCCUGGCACUUCCAGGUUGCCGGUUCUGCUCUCUACUGUCAAUCAGUACAAUCCUUGAAGUCAGGAGGAAUAUCAGGACAUCUGUUCCAGUGGUUUGACCAGCCUUAGCUUAUCAAAAAUCACUUGGCCUGUGAAUCUUCAGCAUAAAACUCAUUCCUAAUCCUUCCUGCAAGGCUCUGUACACUUGAAAAACUAAUUCUUCUCUCUGUUCCAUAGAAUUAUUCAACUACUUUUGGUCCUGACCUAUGAAUUCUGGUGUGUAUGGAACUCUACAUGUGGAGAUUCCUUCCACCGAUCAGGCAACUUAUUCUUAGGAAGUUGCCAUGGGUGCUGAGAAGUUUAAGUAACUUACUUGUCCAUGGUUACAGUCCAUGUAUAUCAGAAGCAGGACUAGAACUCAGGUCUUCUGACUCCAUGGUCAGCUAUGGUCCUCAACAUUCUGCUGCCUCUCAUUCAAAACGUUAGCAGUGUCUCAGCAUUUAACCUCUCUGGCAUGCUGACCCUGGUCUUGGAAACUUCUGAUAUAUCCUAGAUUUGAUUGAAAUUGGAUUUUGAGAAAUGCCAGAUUCUUCCACGUGAUACCAUAAUAAAUGUAAGGUGGCAAGUUUAUUGCUGUAGCCUCAGUUGAGUAUUAGCUACUAGAUCUGGCAAUGCAUAGCUCAGCUAUGGUUCAAAAGCAAGAAUUCAGAAAUACCGUCAGGCAAGGGAGUGAAUCCUAAAGCGAGUGAUAUCUGGUUCUUUGGAGGAUACAUUGAGCAACUUGUUAGCUCUCUAACUUCCAAGAUCUGAGCCAAAACACCUUCCUUAUUGAACAUAAGCAGGUCAGAUUCUGUUCUGAGGCUUAAGAAACCAUUUCUAUCUAGACGACUUCUUUCUUUGGUGGGUCCAAUGGAGAUUUCCCUAAUGUCCUGAUAUAUAUGCCACAGAUCUAGCCACCACUGAGUAUUUGUCCUGUGGCUACCCCAGAAGUAAAAUUAGCCACAUGCCAUGGGGUAAGGGCUUAUUACAUAGUUAUAAUUCCUGGGAAGAAGAACUUGGGUUGGGUUUGGUUUGGUUUUUCUACCUCCCCCAACCAAAGGUGUACUGGACAUUCCAGGGAUUCUUGGUUGUGCUAUGGAAGCAGAUAAGUGGGAAGUGG